GCCAGCGCCAUGGGCCCAGCCUGCACCAGGCACGGCAUGGCAGGAGCCAUUGGAGAAGAAGCAGGAAGAGUUUCCGUCACUGGGAUCGGAGCCGAAGGUGCGGCCUCAAACGCUAUCACACUUGCGCAUAAUUUGCAGUUCCUGGUUGGAUAG